GUGCACGUGGUGCACGGUGCACGAGCUGUCAGCUCAGCUUUUGUUGAUAAAUAGUAUAGGUUAUGAUACCUUAACCUCAGUAUUUUUGUGUCAAAAAGCUCUAUUUUCAAAAUAUUUUUGAUGGUGCUGUUAUUUGUGCGUUUGUGAUUUAUAUUUAGAAUGUCUCAACAAAAGCUGAAAAAACCUCAUAGUCCGUGGGUACAAUGCGAACAGUGCUGUACAAGCCUAUUACCAAAAGACAGUUCUAUACACAAGGAUGAUUGCCCCCCAAACACCGAAAAUCCUAGAUACAUCUUAUUUAGAGAUGGUGUCCUUUAUGGAACAGUAGAUGUGAAAGGACAAGAGGAAAUAAAAAAUAUAAGCUCAAGGGAACUUGAUAAUAUGGUGUUUCUCAGCCAAUCAGCAAUGCAACUGUGUAAUUUGUGUAUUGGACAGUGGGCCUCGAUUCAGAGUACAAAAAACUCAAUACCACCUGUAGCGCGAAUUGUAUGGCCAACAGUGGAAAAGUCAGCUACUUCUGCAUUAUUUACAAGAAAUGCCUUGGAUUUGACCUCUUUGAAUUUAAAUGAAAUAGUUGCAGUGAAACGACUUCAGCCAGACACACUACCUUUAGCUAGCCAAAUUUAUCUUAUUGCCCUAAAUCCUCCAAAGCAACUAGAAUUGACAUCUGAGCUAACAAAUAGGAUAUCAAGGUUACUAGAAGGUAGAAUCCUAACAUUUGAUAACAUAUUUUCUAUUUUUUUCUAUGGAAAACAGUUAAAAUUUCUGGUUAAGCAUAUUAAACCUGCUGAUUCAAGUCAAAGCAUAGAAAGUAAGUUCAAUGAAUUACGAAUAAAGAAGGAGUAUGCUUUCUAUAUGGUCGAUAGAAAAACAAAUCUGGAAUUAUACAGGGACCAAUGUGCAUUUGAAAAGCAAGAGCUCCAAAAGCAAUCUGAUAGAAUACCAGUAGGUGUAGAGAAAGAAGUACACGAGCUUCAGACUCUGAUGAAAGCUUGUCUUAGUAAGAAUUCCAAACCAAGUUGUUUGCCACACAUCAAAUCUGUGCUUUUGUAUGGCAAUUCAGGUACUGGGAAAACAAUGAUAGCCAACUUCGUAGCCAGAGAAUCAAAAGCUAACAUUUUCACAGUAUGUGCCCCAGAUCUAUACAGUAUACAGUCAAAUUCCAUAGAAGAAACCAUUAAAAAAUGUUUUAAAAAUGCGGUUGAGAAUGCUCCCAGUGUACUUGUUAUGGAUGAAAUUGAUAUUUUGUGCCCUCAAAGAAGUGGGCGACUGACUGAUUCUGAGAAAAGGAGUGUUUCUACAUUACUCUUGCUACUAGAUAAUCUGGAACACAAUGCGAAUGUAUUCAUCAUAACCACCAGCAAUAAGCCAGAGAACAUAGACCCAUCAUUCCGAAGAUGCGGUAGAUUGGAUAGAGAAAUUGAAAUACCUACACCAACUCCGGCAUGUAGAAAGGCAAUUUUAUCUCAGCUACUCAGCACAGUUCCGAAUAAUGUUAUUGAACAAGAUUUGCACAAUGUUGCUCUGAAGACCCACGGAUUUGUUGGGGCGGAUUUGGUGUUGUUGUUCUCUUUAGCUGGAUUGAAUUCUGCCAAAAGAUCAGAUGUUGGAAUGAUUGAAGUUGAAGAUUUAAAUUGCGCAAUGAAGCAAGUCAGACCCAGUGCUAUGAGGGAGGUCCAAAUCGAAGUAAGCAUGCACUUGUUCUAUGGCCAAGUACCAAAUGUAAAAUGGUCAGAUAUAGGUGGCCAGGAAAGAUUGAAACUGAUAUUGAAGCAAUCAGUGGAGUGGCCAUUGAAACAUCCAGAGAGCUUUUCAAGAUUGGGUGUUACCCCUCCGAAAGGUGUACUAAUGUUCGGACCGCCUGGAUGUUCUAAAACAAUGAUAGCCAAAGCACUGGCUACUGAAAGUGGCUUGAACUUUUUGUCUAUCAAAGGUCCAGAGCUAUUUAGCAAAUGGGUUGGCGAGUCUGAGAGAGCAGUCCGAGAGGUGUUCAGAAAAGCACGGCAAGUGGCCCCAUCUAUCAUAUUCUUCGACGAAAUAGACGCGUUGGGAGGUGAACGAAGUUCUGGAAGCACCUCCAGCGUUCAGGAGAGGGUUUUGGCUCAACUCCUUACAGAGCUGGACGGAAUCACGUCGUUGAGCGAUGUGACGAUUGUGGCUGCAACGAACAGACCCGAUAGAAUAGAUAAGGCAUUGCUGAGGCCUGGGAGGUUAGACAGGAUGGUGUACGUACCUUUACCUGACGAAGGAACUAGGAAGGAGAUUUUCAGAAUCAGGUUUUUGAAAAUGCCGGUGAGUCUCCAGGUUAAUGUUGAUAUUGACGAUUUGGUGAGUGGAACCCAUGGUUAUUCUGGCGCAGAGAUUACCGCAAUUUGUAACGAGGCUGCUAUGAUGGCAUUAGAGGAGAGUUUGGAUAGUAAAGUUGUUGAACAGCGACAUUUUGAAGCUGCAUUACGUAUGGUGCAGCCGAGGACGCCAGCCGCUAUGAUUAGGUUGUUUGAAGAUUAUUUGAAAAAUUAGUGUAAAAAUAAAGUUGAUAUUGAUAUCAACAUUGUUUUAUUUUUA